AUGUCGUCGCCGGCCGCCACUCCCGCGCUGCCUCUGCUCCCCGUCGCGCCGCUAGACGGAGAGAGCGGCUACCUCCGCUGGAAGGAGUCGGUGCUGCUCCGCCUCCACACCCUCGGCCUGGCGCACGUGCUGUCCGAGGAGGAGGAGGAGCCGGAGCGUCCCGCCGGCGAGAAGCAGUGGCGGGCGCACGACGACGCGCUGUGCCGCGGCCACAUCCUCGCCACGCUCUCCGACCGCCUCCUCCCGGCGUACGCUCACCACGACACCGCCGUUGCCGUCUGGCGCGCCGUGGGUCUCACCUACGAUCUGGACAUGGAUACGGUCGUGUCCGUCAACAAGGCCGACGAGUUCCGGUACAACGAGGGCAAGCCCCUCCUGGAACAGCUCGCGCUCCUGGAGGUCUUGGCCACCGUCGGAAAUACCUUAGGCUGUAUGGGUCUCUACAUUAUUGAUGAGGCGCGUGGGUUCCCGUCGGAGCUGGCACGGAAGGUCCGCAAGCACGGCCCCAACCUGUGUAUGGACGAAAUCUGGAAGAUCGCUCGGAAGGUGGUGGUGGGGGACAAGUUGCGAGAAAUUGAUCAGGAGGCUAAGCGCAAGGCAGAUGAUUCUCGUCCCCUGAAACGAGGGAGGCACGGGAAGUAA